GGUGAGGAACUAAGACAAAUGGUGACACGAGUGGGACACCAUGUUGAAAUAGAAGACGUUGAAUUGUGGGGGUCUUGAGCCGUAUUUAUCGGGCCCGUUGCAACGCACGGGCAUGUUUACUACUCCCUCCGUUCCUAAAUACUUGUCUUUCUAGGCAUUUCAACAAGUGACUACAUACGGAGCAAAAUGAGUGAAUCUACACUUUAAAAUAUGUCUACAUACAUCCGUAUGUAGUAGUCAUUUGAAAUGUCUAGAAAGACAAAUAUUUAGAAACGGAGGGAGUAGUAUAGAAAAAGGGAGAUAAAGGAAGACCUACCCAGUCCCCCGCCGUCACCCAUCACCACCACUCCACCACUCCUUUCUUUCGAAGCUUACUGCACCACUCCUUUUUGCUUUGCUCCGGGACAGAUCGAGCGAGAUCCAGGAUGAACUCCCGGCCAGCGACCAUGGCGGAGGCCGCACCGCCUCCUCUCCUCGGCGGCCUCCCUGACGAAAUCGCCAUCUGGGAGAUCCUCGUCCGCCUGCCCCCCAAAGACCUCCUCCGCUGCCGUGCCGUCUGCCGUGCCUGGCGCUGCACCACCUCCACCCGCGACUUCCUCCUCGCCCACCACGCCCGCCAGCCCUCCCUCCCUCUCUCCUACGUCAAAAAUUACGGCGGCGACCUUUUCACCCUAGACAUCAUCUCCUUCGACCACCAGGGAGGGGCCGCCACCCCCCAGACCGUCGCGCGACUUCGCCGCCAUAUCUUAAUUCCGAGGGUCUCCUGCGACGGCUUAAUCGUCUUCUGGAUAGAAUGCAAAGCUGGUCAACAACUAUUCAUCUGCAACCCGGCGACUCGUCAGUAUGGUUGCCUCCCGAUGCUUUUUGGCGGUCCCCUAUCCGCCGUGGGGAUGCCUUUUGGCGCUCCCCGACCCGUGGCCGUGGGGAUGUACUCACACAGCCCAACCGGCGAGUACCGACUAGUAUUGCUGCAGAAAGCUGAAGCACCAGAUGGCUCCUCCCUCGUCUACACAUACGCUUUAGGCUCCAGCCAGCCGCCGUGGCACCUACACAUCGAAGGCCCCAAUUUGAACGAACUGGUAUUCUCGCGCGGACCUUUCCUGUUCCGUGGUAGCCUGCAUUGGUGCAUAAGCAACAUGAUAAUUGUGUUCGACACCGUCGCUGAGUCGUUCCGGCAGAUGCGCACUCCAGUUGUUCCUAAUUUGUCUGAUCUGUUUGAGAUGGAUGGAAUGCUCGGCAUGUCCAGUUUUGAUGAUUACAAUGAUGACGAGCCAAUUGUUGAUAUCUGGAUGAUGCAGGACUACGAGCACGAGGUCUGGGCUUUUAAAUACCGGGUUGAAAUACCGUAUGCGGAGCUCACCUUGCAGUUUGGAUUGUUUUACCCGCGUGAUUGUGUGGUGUUUACUUCUUGGGUUGGCGAUGUGGUAGUGCUGGUCCCGUUUGGCCGCUGGCUACUUCAGCUUGACGUGGGUGGCAAGCUGGUUGCCAGUUUCGAGGACAGCGGUGGACUCAUUGGUCAGCCAUAUCAGCUCAAGCAAACUCUUGUUCAGCAUACCUUCUUUCCUACACUAGAGGGUUAUGUUGUCAAUGGUUCGCCUUUCAUCUGAAGAGAAGAUUAUGUUGUGAACACGUAGCCUUUCAUCCGAGGGCUGUUGACUCUGGUGGUGCUGUCGUAUGUAUUAACCGGGUCCACUGUGAGCCCACUACCUGCUUUGCUAAUAUAUUAAAAAUAAUGAUGAAGAAGCUUGGAUUAUGUUAUGGCCAGCUUAGUUUAUAUCUGGAAGAGGCCCACCGGGCAGUAGUUAGGGGGCUUGGCCCACAAGUUAUCUUAGGUUAAUUAUUAUGCAAGUUAUCUAGGUUAUAAAUAUAGGCUGUAAGACUCUUUCGGAAUCAAGCAAUAAGAAGAAUAUUAUCUUCUAUUGCCCGGCUCCCUGAGGAGCCGGAAACCCUAGCCACCAACAGCCCUAACCGCCGCCGCCCUUCUCCUAGCUCGCGACGGCACCCUGCCGCCGGCGCGCCCGUUCCUCGCCACGCCCUCCUCCAUCCUUCCCUUACCACCUACGGCCUAGACCUGGUAGAGUACUUGAUUCUACCAAUUUGGUAUCCAGAGACACCAGGCCGAUCAUGUCACUCCCUCCAUCACCGCCGCCGUUACCAUCCACCUCCGUCCCGCUCUCGCUGCCGCCGACCACUUCCAUGGCGAUGACGGAGAUCGCGUCCGGGACCACCGCCCCCUCCGCACCAGCGGCCAUCACCACUACGGGGGAUCCGCCCCCGCUCCUCUCGCGGGAGGAGGUGUCGGGCACCCUGGGGGAGCUUGUCCAGACGGUCAGUGGCAUUACCCUCUACCUCGCCGGGAACCAGCCCCCGCCACCGAGCGCCGUCACCACCGCCUACGGACCGCCGCCGCUACAGUGGGCCGCCCCGGCCCUCCAGGCGCCCUACGCAGGGGCGCCCCAACCGCCGCUGCUGCUGCCGCAUUACUCGGCGGCGGGACAGCCUUGGCCAGCGUGGCCGGCCUCCACCGCGCCGCUGGGGGGUCUGACCCAGCAGUUUCUUCCGGCGCCACCGCCGCCCCCCCCCCGACGCAGGCGCCGGUGCAGCAGCUCCACCCGGCGCCACCGCCAUCGUCAGCACCACCACCCGCGUCUCGGGCCACGGGUCGACCCCUGCACCAGGUGCAAUUUCCGCCGUCACCAUCGCCGAUUCCGGCGUGGGCGACCGGAUCGUCUCCGGGCCCGGUGUACUCCACGGCGCCGGAACACCCGACGCCCUCUCUGCGGUUUGAUCAUCCUUCCAGCUCGGCGAACUACGCCCUAGAAAUCCCCGAACCGGCAUACACGCUGCUGGCGACUGCAGCCGCCCCCGGGCACGGCGGGCCGACACCCCCUCGCUUCGCCAAACUGGACUUCGCCACUUACGAGGGCACGGAGGACCCCCUCAACUGGCUCAACCAGUGCGAGCAGUUCUUUCGAGGGCAGCGGACACUCGCUUCGGAUCGUACCUGGCUCGCGUCCUAUCAUCUUCGAGGCGCGGAGCAGACCUGGUACUACGCCCUCGAGCAGGACGAGGGCGGCAUGCCACCAUGGGAGCGCUUUCGGAAGCUCUAUCUCCUCCGGUUCGGGCCUCCUAUCCGUGGAAGCCGACUGGCGGCCCUCGGCCGCUUACCCUUCACAUCCACGGUGCAGGACUACGCCGACCGCUUUCAGGCCCUGGCGUGCCACGCGCCGGGCGUCUCCGCGACUCAGCGCGCCGAGUUAUUUGUGGGCGGUCUGCCGGACCAUAUUCGCGUGGACGUCGAGCUCCGGGAUCCCCCCGAUCUCCAGACGGCCAUGUACUACGCCCGCGCGUUCGAGCGCCGCGCGGUGGCCAUUCAGCAGGACUCGCCGUUCUGGGCCGCUGGCUCACUACCUUCGCCAGAUUCCGCACCGGGUCGGUCUGCGCAGGCUUCCGCGGCACCCCUCGCCGCGACCGCGGCGCGCCCGUUCCGCCGGCUCACCUCUGCCGAGAUACUCGAGCGUCGCCGCCAAGGGUUGUGCUUCAACUGCGACGAUCCCUACAAGCCCGGCCACGCCUGCCCGCGACUCUUCUACCUAGAGGUUGCAGACUACAUUCCGGAGGACGCCAUCGCCGCCGACCUGGCCGUCCCAGAUGUCGAGAAGGUGUUUGACGCUGGUUGAUUACCUCGAGGAGUUCAGCAAGCGCUUCCCCACCCUACAGCUCGAGGACGAGCUGUUUGUGCAGGCGGGGAGAAGUGUUAUGGCCGGUUUAGUUUAUAUCCGGAAGAGGCCCACCGGGCAGUAGUUAGGGGGCUUGGCCCACAAGUUAUCUUAGGUUAAUUAUUAUGCAAGUUAUCUAGGUUAUAAAUAUAGGCUGUAAGACUCUUUCGGAAUCAAGCAAUAAGAAGAAUAUUAUCUCCUAUUGCCCGGCUCCCUGAGGAGCCGGAAACCCUAGCCGCCAACAGCCCUAACCGCCGCCGCCCUUCUCCUAGCUCGCGACGGCGCCCUGCCGCCGGCGCGCCCGUUCCUCGCCACGCCCUCCUCCAUCCUUCCCUUACCACCUACGGCCUAGACCUGGUAGAGUACUUGAUUCUACCAGAUUAUUUCAUGGCUGUGUUAUAUUUCAUUGAAUAUCAUUUUGGGCGGAAGUGGCUGCUGUGAGUGUUCAUGCUAAAAGUACAAGCCAUUUGGAUCAUCGUUUGAAAUGUUUGCCUAUAUUCUGACUAAUGUCUCUGUUUCCUUGGACUGAAGAGUGGACUUAUUUUCCCUGUUUAUAUAAUGAUCUUAGUAGUAUUCAAUAGUUAGCAAUCUAGGUGUCUCUUGUCUCUAUUUACUGAACCGAAUAAUUGACUUGUCUUUUAAUUAAUGUUACUUUUCUGGAGAUUACCUAGUUAUCUUUUUAAUACUAAUUAUUUAACAAAUGUACCUUUGAUUCCUGUUUUUGUGUUUGUUUUUUGCCAAAGGUGAAAUGAGGUAGAUUAUCCUCCUUCUUGGCUUGCAAGUUGUACCUGAUUUUCACAAAAGUUGGCGCAGUAGUCAAAUGAAAUGUUCUGUUAUUGCUGUAAUUUUGUCUUUUUGUUGCAUUAUUUGAAAAAAAAUAUUUCACUUUAGGUGCUAACCGUUGUGAGGAAGCAAUGCAUCAUAUGGUGUUGGAUCUUAAAAUAUGCUUGAGAAAGAAACUUGUACUGAUGUGCAGAGCCAUGAUAUUUUUUUCUAUGACCGGCGCAAUGCGUAUGAAUUGGGUCCACUAUGAGAUGGUUUGUAUCUUUUUUAUAUACUCCCUCCGUUCCUUUUUACUUCGCAUAUUAGGUUUGUCCCAAGUCAAACUUUGAUUGUUAACAGGUUAGUAUGACCAAGAAUUUUUGACUGUUAACACUCUUGCGUUGUAUUUCAUUGAAUAUCCUUUUGGGCUGAAGUGGUUGCCGUGAGUGCUGAUGCUAAAAUUACAAGUCAUCUGGGCCAGCAUUUGAAAAUGCUUGCCAAUUGUUCCGGCUCAUGUGCUAUUUUCUUGAACUGAAGAAUGGACUUUCUUUUUAGUUCUUAGUACUUAAUAGUUAAUACUAAAUGUUUGCAAAUAUAUGUGCGUUAACUGUUUCUAUGUUGUGUUUUAGCAGGUUGCUUACAAUGCAAUCUUUCAAUUAAACUACUUCUCCUAGCAAGUUGCACCUGAUUUUCUUACAAGUGCAAGGAGAAUUAGUUUAAUUGAAUGAUUGAAUUAUAAGCAAGUUUUUGAUGAAAUGCUCUGGUUUGCAGUCCAUUCUUGUUCAUGAUUCCAUUGCAUUUGGUUAGGUAUUCAAACAUACUGUUACAAUUCUGCCUUUGCGUUGCAUCCUUUGGAAUUAUAUUAAUCAUUUCACUUUAUCUGCUAAGCAUUCUAAGGAAUCAAUGCUUCACCUGAUGUUUGAUCUUAAGAUAAGCUGGAGAAAUGAAACUUAUACUGAUAAGCAGAAGAAAGGUUAUCAUGGUCAGGCGCAGGUGCAGAUUGUCUCCCCUUUGGAUUCUGUAAUUGCCAGCCUCAUGUUCUUUUUUCUUUGACCGCCGCAGUGUGUAUGAAUUAGGUCCACUAUGAGCCGGCUAGAUAGGUUAUAAUCAAGAAGCUCUAAUUGUUUCAUGGUUGCCUGAAAUUUACACCUGUGUGAAUACUCUUUUUGGCUGAAGUGGUUCCCGUGAAGUUAAUACUAAAGUUACAAGUCAUUCAGGUUGGCUGAUGUUGUAACCGAACUGCUGUUGUAAUUCUCGACAUCUCCUUUGAGUGGUAAUAUAUUCAGGUGGGGAAGCUCUCCCCCCGGUGACCGUUCAAAAAAAAAAACAAGUCAUUCGGGUCAGUUUUUGAAAUGUUGCCUGUUGCUCUGACUCAUGUCUCUGUUUUCUUGAACUUAGCAGAUAUACAUGCGUGUCAUGUUCCUAUUUUUUGGCUGCAGCCGAUCAUCCACUUGUUAGUGAUUAACAAGUGAUUAAAUUAUAGCCAGCUUUUCAGAAACGUUCUGCAAUUCACUCUUCAUUGAUCCAUUGCAUCACUUGGAAUAUUCUGUUAUAAUUCCAGGUUAUCGGUGCAUCAUUUGGAAUUAUCAUUUCACUUUGGCUGCUAACUAUUUUAAGGAAUUAAUACUACACUAGCACUAUUCCUUUGACAAUUAGCUAGGAUCACCUAUGUAGAGCUGAUAGCAAAGAUAAGAAAUGAACCAAGUGUUUGUGGUGUCUUUCUUACUGUUGUUCUUUUUAACUGCAGUUACUGGUUAUUACUUUGCGCAUUAGGGAUUAUUUGGUGUUCACUGUAUUCAAGAAACUAUCACACCCGAUUUCCAUCCGCGCACAAUACUGUUUGGCAAUAAUAACUUACCUAAAAGAUGUAUUCUUAUUAGGCCAGUGCAGGCGAUCGGCUGCGGUCAUCAUAAGGAAAUAAUAGUUCACUGUCAUGCCAGGUAUGCUCUCAGUUCAAACUAUGUCUUGAGCUAUGGAGAACAUCUUUGCUAGUUUGUACUACGGCUCGCUCCUGUGUUUCCUCCUGAAGCACGGUGCAGCCAGUUUGCAAGACAGGAAGAAAAUGAGUUGAAUCCUUGUGUGAGUGUGUGCAUCUAUCGCUGUGGUCAUUUUGACAAAAUUUUCACGGAGAAGUGUGUGCAGCCUAGCCUAAAUGCCUAACUGGUUACCAGAUUCCUAGGUUUGUAAGGAACUUGUGAUCCGUGCAGUCGUUGGUCUUGUUGUUUCACCUCCCGUUGGUGAGGUGAAACAGCGCAUGAUGCUACCGAUUUCUCGCGCUUUCUAUGAGCAAGCAUGUUGAUGCUCAAAAUGAUUUUUGUUAAGGGCAAUCAUGUUUAUGCUGAGAAUAAGAAGAGACAACAAAACAUUAGGAAAUAAUUGGGUUUUGUGUUGCGACUGACUGUCUGGCGACAAAUCACAAUAAGAAGAGAAGUACCCUGGGGUGCGACAUACGUGGGAAUGGGUAUGAAGAUGCCCACCAUGCUACUGCAUGUUGUACCCUGGAGUUCGGGAAUUACUGCCUGAAGAGGCAUUCAGAAGUUCAGGCCCUGACUGGCUGCUCUUAGUCUGUUGGCGCCCUGUACGGAGAUCAGAAGCAAUGUCCUGCUGAUGUUGUGCCGCUGGUUUUUGGCACCUGAGGAAUGGUGUUGUUAUUCAGAGCAAAAGUCCUGUUAACUGAUAGCAGUUUUUCAUUUAUUUUCUUUUUUCUUUAUGUUGUACAUAUU